GGGGGCAGGUGGUAUGCGUGUGGGGCGGGGGGCGGCUGGGAAAAGCGCGCAAGCAAAUGCGCAAGCCGGCGGAGGAGUUGUUGGGCCCGGUUUUCCAUGGCAGGAUCCGCAGACCGGGCAGUGGGACAGAAGCAAAGAAGGAGUACCAGAAGAUGUAGUUGCAACAGUGGAUCGUUUGGAUUGAAGAUAAUGAAUAAAAUUAAUCAGGAACUGCACUGCUUAUCAUCUUGUUUUGUGAAAGAUUUCCUGUAGCUUUUAAUAAGUCACCAGAAAAGGACUACUAAUCAUCAUGAAGUUGAAGCAACGUGUGGUUCUUCUGGCAAUUCUACUCGUCAUCUUUAUUUUCACAAAGGUUUUCCUCAUAGACAACUUGGAUACAUCAGCAGCCAACCGUGAGGACCAGCGCGCCUUCCAUCGCAUGAUGACAAGUCUACGGAUUGAAUUAGACCCACGACUUGAUCACACACUGCAGUCUCCUUGGGAGAUUGCAGCCCAGUGGGUGGUGCCACGUGAAGUGUACCCGGAGGAAACGCCAGAAUUGGGGGCGGUGAUGCAUGCUAUGGCUACCAAGAAGAUCAUCAAAGCAGAUGUGGGCUAUAAGGGCACCCAGUUGAAAGCACUACUUGUGCUGGAAGGUGGACAGAAAGUAGUCUUCAAACCUAAGAGAUAUCCCAGAGAGUAUGUAAUAGAAGGAGAGCCAUAUGCUGGCUAUGACAGACAUAAUGCAGAAGUGGCAGCCUUCCAUCUAGACAGAAUCUUAGGCUUCCGGCGGGCCCCGCUUGUAGUUGGUAGAUUCGUGAACCUCCGCACAGAGAUCAAGCCUGUUGCCACAGAACAAUUGCUUAGUACUUUCAUGACUUUAGGUAAUAAUACUUGUUUCUAUGGGAAGUGCUAUUACUGCCGGGAAACAGAACCAGCCUGUGCUGAAGGAGAUUCCAUGGAAGGAUCACUUACUCUUUGGCUGCCAGAUGCAUGGCCUCUUCAGAAACAUCGGCAUCCAUGGGGCAGAACAUACCGGGAGGGCAAGUUAGCCAGAUGGGAAUAUGAUGAGAGUUACUGUGAUGCUGUAAAGAAGACCUCACCCUAUGAUUCAGGCCCACGGCUUCUUGACAUCAUUGAUACAGCCAUAUUUGAUUAUCUGAUUGGGAAUGCUGACCGACACCAUUAUGAAAGUUUUCAGGAUGAUGAAGGGGCCAGUAUGCUUAUUCUACUUGACAAUGCCAAAAGUUUUGGAAAUCCUUCCCUGGAUGAGAGAAGCAUUCUUGCACCUCUUUAUCAGUGCUGCAUUAUCAGAGUUUCUACAUGGAACAGGUUGAACUAUAUAAAGAAUGGAGUCUUGAAAUCUGCCUUAAAAACUGCUAUGUCUCAUGACCCUAUUGCACCUGUGCUGUCUGCCUCCCAUAUGGAUGCCCUGGACCUACGACUUCUGAAUAUCUUGGCUACAAUAAAGCAAUGUACAGAUCAAUUUGGGCCAGACAUUGUAUUGGUGGAAGAUAGAAUGACACUUUCCCAUUUGUAGCUUUAAGAGAAACUGAUGGGGAUUAUUUUUUAAAGUAAUAAAUAGAAAACAGCACAACUGGUUCUGCAUGGUAAUGGGCAGGAUAAACUGGAAUUAAAUGACAGGAUUUCUGCAUCAGAAGAGAAACAAUUGUAGUUUGAAACUCUGUUGAAGACAAGAAAGUUCCUCUCGGGUAGCCCUGUAUCUUCUUUUUGGAUUCCAUUGCUGGCAGUGGAUGUUGCACUGAGAGCUCUCCUGGGAUUGCCUGUGACGAGAUGGGUAUUGGGACACGAAUACAUGCUUGGUCCAGAAAAGAUCUUAUUCUCCUAACCGAUUCCAAGUACAAUCUUAGUAUUUUAGUCUUAUUCGGGGUUUUAAAGAAUACACUAUCUAGGCAUCCAUUCUGGCCAUUUAAAAAAAAAAAAAGAGUGAUGGAGGGGUAGGGCAGAUGUGAUAUUGAAGAGAUUUACUGCCUCUCCUGAUCGAAAUACAUCCAUGCAUCUAUUGCUGAAAUUUUCUAAAGGACUUCAUAAGGGAAUGUAUAAUUGUGUUCGGUGUUCUGUUAAAUACAAAACUGUUGAAGGACUGUUUUAGAAUACUGUUGAAACCUCUUGUCCAUCUACAAGGCUAAAAUUACUCAGGCCUGCACAAUGCUGCGAAGUCCUAACCAGAGAUUUUUGUGCAAAUCGUUAUGUUCUCAAAUGUAAAGGUUCUUGCUGUCUUGAACCCAACAGUUCUCCUAAAAAGUGGAGCUUGAGCCAGUACUUUAUGUCCUGUCAGUGCUGUAGAUU